CCUUUUCGAUUUUGUGCAUGCCGUUUGCGCAUCUGAAGGUUAAUUACAGACCAAGAAAAUGGCCUACGACCACUCUCCCGACCAACAGGCAGCAUCCGACGAGAGGAAGGAGGCCAGAGGUGGACGAAGGACGCCCGAGGUGCCGUCCCCGACGGGCUGGUCGUCGUGGUUCGGCGGACCGAAUGUCACCGUUGGGCCGCGCAUCGGGCCUGUCCUCAGCAGCAUCUCAAUUGUUAGCGACUCGGACUCGGAACAGAGCAGCGCGGCUAUUCUCGACAAGCAGCUGGCUGCCGAGCAGGGCCAUGCCAUCCAAUAUCGAACGUGCAGCUGGCAGAAGACGGCUGGAUUGCUUUUUUCUGAGUACAUUUGCUUGGCUAUGAUGAGCUUUCCGUGGUCGUACAGCGUUCUUGGCCUUGUUCCGGGACUGAUCUUGACCGUUGUCGUCGCGCUGAUUGUGCUCUACACAUCUCUGGUGUUGUGGGAGUUUUGUCUGCGCCAUCCCGAGGUUCGCGAUAUUUGUGACAUCGGUCAGAUGCUGUUCUGGAACAAGCGGUGGGCAUGGUGGGCCACAGCCGUCAUGUUCAUCCUCAACAAUACGUUUAUCCAGGCCCUACAUGUCCUGGUUGGCGCCGAGUAUCUCAACACCAUGACCGAGGCCGACAGCGUAGGGUGCCGGACUGUCAGCUUCGGCAUCGUCGUGGCCAUCAUCUGCUGGUUCUGCUCGCUCCCGCGGACCUUCGACAUGUUGUCCAAGCUCGGCACCGCGUCCGCCUUCUUCACCUUCGUCUCGGUCCUCCUCGCAGUCAUCUUCGCGGCGGUGCAGUCGCACCCGGCUAAGUAUGACCCCGACGUCGGAGGGGAUCCAACUGUGACGGCUGUGCCUGUGCUCGGGACCACGUUCGUCAGCGGCCUCGGCGCCUUCCUCAACAUCAGCUACACCUUCAUCGGCCAGAUCACGCUCCCGUCCUUCAUCGCCGAGAUGAGAGAUCCGCGCGACUUCCCCAAGGCGCUCUGGGCCUGCACCAUCGCCGAAAUUGUGCUGUUCAGCAUCGUCGGCGCCGUCGUCUACGCGUAUGUCGGUAAUCAGUACAUGACGGCGCCGGCCUUUGGUUCGUUGCAGCCGCUGUUCAAGAAGGUGUCGUUCUCCUUCAUGAUCCCGACCAUCAUCUUCCUCGGCGUACUGUAUGCGUCAGUGUCAGCGCGCUUCGUCUUCUUCCGCAUCUUCCAGAACUCGCGCCACAAGAACGAGCACACCGUGGUUGGUUGGGCCACCUGGACGUCCAUCUUGAUGGCUACCUGGAUCGUCGCCUUUAUCAUCGCCCAGGUCAUCCCGUUCUUUUCGUCCUUGCUCUCUCUCAUGAGCUCCCUCUUCGACAGCUUUUUCGGUUUCAUCUUUUGGGGCGUCGCCUACUUCCGCAUGCGCCGCGCCGACGGGGGCAUCGCACUCGUGAAAGAGCACACCGUGGCUGGCUACCUGCUUGGAGCGCUCAAUGUUGUCAUCAUUCUGAUCGGCGUCUUCUUCCUCACGGUGGGCACGUAUGCGACGGUGGAGAGUAUUAUCCUUGAGUUCGAAAAUGGUACGAUAAGGAGCAUUUUCUCAUGUGCUAGCAAUGGUUUGUAAAUAAAGACGGGCGUCAUCUGGUCGCAUAGGUAGACCUGAGUUUCAAGUUUGCAAAAUUAGU